AUGCAGUCCGGCGGCCCAUCCCCCUUGCAUUCCUUCCCGGCCACCCGGGAUGGAACUCCCAAUGGCAACGGACCAACUAAUGGAUCAACCAACGGCAUCACCAACGGCACAAAUGGAGUGUCGCGCAGGACAAAGAUCUGUGUCUACUGCGGAGCCUCUCCUGGUCUUAAGCCUCAGCAUAUGGAGGCGGCCCGUGAGUUGGCAAGACUCAUGGCUGAGAACAACAUCGACCUUGUCUAUGGCGGUGGCACUGUCGGUCUGAUGGGUGAGGUGGCAAAGUCCCUUGUCGCCAUUGCCGGUCCAGACUCCGUCCACGGAAUCAUCCCUGAGGCCCUCGUCAAGUACGAGCGUGAUGGUACAUACGGCACUCUCAACAAGGACAACAUGUACGUCCCUGAUGAAUCGGUCUACGGACGUACCACUGUCGUCAAGGACAUGCACACCCGCAAGCAGAUGAUGGCCAAGGAGGUCUUCGCCGGCGGUCCUGGCUCUGGCUUCGUCGCACUCAGCGGCGGUUACGGUACCAUUGAGGAAGUCCUUGAGACUGCCACCUGGAACCAGCUCGGUAUUCACGACCGCGGCAUCUGCCUGCUCAACAUCAACGGCUUCUAUGAUGGCAUCCUCGAGUGGGUCCGCAAGAGCGUCGAAGAAGGCUUCAUCAGGGCCGCCAACGCCGACAUUCUCGUCACCGCCACCACUCCCGAGGGCGCCAUCAAGGCUCUGAGGGAUUACAAGGUCUCAGAGGCCACUUUCAAGCUCGACUGGUCCAACUCUUGA